AGCAUCCUGGUAAUUAAAGAAGAUUUUGUUGAUUUUUUUUUUUUUUUAAAUAUAUUAUUUUUUGUUGUUCAAAGACUGUCAAUAUAAAAAAAGUAUUUCGUUUCGAUACAUAAUAGCUUUGACUUUAUAUAAAUUCAUAACUAGGUGAUCCAUCAAAACAAAUGUUUGCACAAUGUUUGGUAUACUUUUUAAUGUUUGGAAUCGUGAUUGACAAGGUGUUAACCUAUUCUCCCAACCAUGAUACCAAUCCGUCAUCCUACCAUCUUUAUCUCAAAAUGGAGCGUGAAAUACCAUCCAAUGAAGCGCUAGAUAUUCUGUUAGCUUCAAGGCGUAAGGCACGAAUGAGAUUGAAAAAUGAAGAACAUCAGGUCGCAAAUAUGAAGGAGGAAACGGAAAAUUUACUUAUGGAGGAGCAACGAUUGACUGGAUCCUUACUUGAUCUUCAAGAAAUACAAAACAAAAAAUUUGCCCCUUAUUUUCAACCGCACCUGGGUUCACUAACAUAGCGUUUACAAUAAAACUAUAUUUUUAAAAUAAAGAUUUAUUUUUAGAUAUUCUUUAUCAGAAUAAUCAUAAUGCGUAUUUUAGAAUAGGAUGGUUUAUUAAAAUUUGCAGACAAGUAUGAAUAUUGAUCAAGAGUUAUGAAACCACUAUGUAACGUUUUCUCGCAUAGAAAAUCUUUUUUCGUAGAGUUAUUUAAAAAAAAAACAACACUAUUCCUCCCCUUUUUAUAAAGCAUAAAAUAUAUUGCUAUAAGCGUACAUUCAAUUAAAUGUCUUUAACGCUUCACAUUGAAUCGUUCUUUCGUCCAUGGUUUUCAUUGAAACAAUAAAAAAA